AUGAAUAAGAAGCAUGGCGAUAUUCACUACUACCUAACUCAGAUACUCACCGGACACGGCUGCUUCCUUGAAUAUCUACACCGUUUUCAGCUGGCCGACAGCCCUUUUUGCCCGAGUUGUUCGAAUACAGUCGAGAGCGCAGAACAUGUGGGUUUUUACUGCAGACGUUUCAGUGAAGAACGAGCAAUGCUGGCGAAGGCAUUCGAACAUCCGCCAUCCCACGCAAGAUUCGUCCAGGAUAUGUGCUCGACCAUCACUAAAUGGGACGCCGCAAAAACGUUCGCGGCUACAGUCGUGACGAGGCUCAAUCGCAUUGACUGGGAAAGGAAAGCCCAGAAACGACAGCAGCAGUUGCUACUGCAGCAACAACAGCGGCCGCAGCAGUAG